CAAAGCAAAUGACAUGAGGAAAACUACUGUCCGACGACCAGGAUAUUGUGUUUUAGCGAGGGGCUGCGUUUAAUUGAUUGGCCAUUUUAAUUACCAAUCUCCGGAAGAUGUCAGUGAUGGAAAUUCACCAGGGGCGAAAGUGGGGGACAGUGUUAUAUCAUUGUAAAAGUUGUUAGCUCGCUAUAUAAGUUAAUGUUGUGAAAAUAUCUACCGACGGAGACUCAUUAUCUUUGUUAUGGAUCUUGAUGCAAACGUGAGCACUGGAGAUUGUAUGUCCCGUAGCGCGAACGAGAGCCAGAAGACCGUGCAGCCUGUGUCCCUCGGCGCGACUACAGCGCUAGCCAGCGUGCUGAUCAUUACUAUCGUAGUUGACAUAAUCGGCAAUCUUCUUGUAAUUCUCUCCGUAUUCAGGAACAAGAAGCUUCGGAAUGCAGGCAACAUCUUUGUGGUCAGCCUGUCGGUGGCGGAUCUGGUGGUGGCUGUGUACCCCUACCCGCUGGUCCUGACAGCCAUCUUCCACAAUGACUGGAUCAUGGGCGACCUGCACUGCCAGGUGAGCGGCUUCAUCAUGGGCCUGAGCGUGAUCGGCUCCAUCUUCAACAUCACGGCCAUCGCCAUCAACCGCUACUGCUACAUCUGCCACAGCCUGCACUACGACCGCCUCUACACCCUCAAAAACACCUGCUGCUACCUGGGCCUCACUUGGGUGCUGACCGCCAUCGCCACCGUGCCCAACUUCUUUGUGGGCUCGCUGCAGUACGACCCGCGCGUCUUCUCCUGCACGUUCGCGCAGACGGUCAGCUCCUACUACACCAUCUCGGUGGUGGUGGUGCACUUCCUGAUUCCGCUGCUGGUGGUGUCCUUCUGUUACCUGCGCAUAUGGGUGCUCGUCAUCCAGGUGAAGCACCGCGUCAGGCCCGAGAACAAGCUCAAGGUCAAGCCCAGCGACCUGCGCAACUUCCUCACCAUGUUCAUGGUGUUCGUGCUGUUCGCCGUCUGCUGGGCGCCGCUCAACUUCAUCGGCCUGGCUGUGGCCAUCAACCCAGCCCGCGUGGCGCCCAACAUCCCUGAGUGGCUCUUCAUCACCAGCUACUUCAUGGCGUACUUCAACAGCUGCCUCAACGCCGUCAUCUACGGGCUCCUGAACCAGAACUUUCGCAAGGAGUACAAAACGAUCCUCCUGUCGCUGUGCACACCCAGGAUGUUUUUGGCGGACAACUCAAGAUGCGGCACAGAAGGGCUCAAAAGCAAGCCCUCACCUGCCGUCACAAACAACAACCUGGCAGAGAUUCACUUGUGAGACAGAACAGUAUUAACGUACCGUAUUUCUUCCCGCACUGUUGACAUUUGUAUGGUUGUAAAUGUAAAGUUGAGCAUCACAUUGUGCCUUUGUUUUUCUAUUUUAAUUAACUUAGUAAAAUUGAUGCUUUGACUAAGAUUAUUAUUUAUUGUGCCAAACUAUGUGAUCUUUUUGCGAGUGUCUGUGUUUUUAAAUGGAAAUGGGAUAUUUACCUGAAGAAGGAUUAUUUUUUUCCCCUCAGAGAACAAUAUAUUAUCCCUGACAAGUUUUCAGUAUUACAGCAUCACAAACCCAAUAUCAGCAUUUUCUUAAAGGAAAGAUCUGGAGUUAAAACAAUCUAGGGUGUAUUUCUGGAUGAUAAAGACUUCAUCUGUAUCAUCAUGAAAAGGUUUGUUUGGGAGCAAAAUGACAGAAGGAGUUUUGGGCUAGACCACUGUUUGCAUUAGCAACAUGGUUAUAGCCAGCACUGUGCAGAUCUGGCUGAACAUGAUGCAUGUUUGUAUUGUAAGAUUCGGCCAGAUCUGAUUUGAUGCUUCCGGAACAUGAAAAAAGGCAAUGUGCUGCCUAUUUUGAGCCUUGUCAGUGGUUUGAUUUAUUUUGAUGUGGCUCCAUGCCUGCUGCUACAGGCUAUAAACUAUUUAGUUGCUAAUGAAAACAAUGGUUUAGCUCAAAACUCCUCCGAUUAAAAAACUCCGCCUCCCCAGGUUGUUUUAACUCCGGAUCUUUCCUUUAACGGAAGAAAAGAGAUCGAAAGGAGAAGAAACUGAAGAAAAGAAAGACCGAACAGUGAACACUAAUGCAGUUUUCAACGACAUCCGAAAGCAGCAGAUGGCUAGUUUUUUUUCUGCACAUGUCACAGGGACAUACUAAAUCAUUUUAGACCACACUUCACUGGGUCCUUGUCAUUCUGGCGUGUGAACAGGAACAUUAAUGAGCCUCCGAACAAACAGAAUCUAUAUCAUCGGAAUGCAGGUCCAGCUGGGAACACGCCCCGGCACAGGCCCAGUCCCGCCUCACACAACUCCACAGAACUUUUUUUGUCCGUGUUGGAUUCACACUGGUUACGGUGUGAUUUGCA